CUGGGUCGUGCCUGGGUGGCAGCUCUACGCUUCCGUAAUCUAUAGCCAGGGACUGUAGUUUAAAAAAAUACAGACUACCACAUCGGCAGACUACCACAAUUGAUUCCAAAUCUUACAAUUAAUAUGCGAUUUUGAAGUCCAGUUCAGUUUUAAUUAAAGGCGCUUAACAAAAGCAUUACAUUAGCUGUUUAAGAGUUACAGCAAAUUUUUAUACAGUGUCCCCCCGGGUUAAAAACUAACUGUACAAAGUAGCAUCAUUUUAAAUAAGAUUUAUUUAUUUUUAAUUGAAGGAAAAUCCUAUCCUGAAGUCUGUAAACCAUAAAUAUCACCAAAUGCUUUUUUCUUCCUUGAGAUGCUCUGUUAUGCUGGCACUCUUGCCACUUUGGUUGCUGCUUGUGUGUGGGUCUUUCUGGAUUCAGGACUAUGCUUGAAGGAGCUUGUUGAGGAGCGGAUGUGAGGGAGGCCAGUGAAAAGCUUAGGGAUCAGGAGAGGGCUUGAUAUAAAGGCUGACAGCGACAAGCUGACACUCAGACCACUGGAGCUCUGCUCAUUUUAAAGCACACUUCCUCAAGCAACUAACCAACGCUGAUACAGCACGAACAGAGAAAAUUGAGCAUGCGUGGAGCAGUUGCUGGUUGUGUGGUGCUGGUGUGCCUGAUGGCGCUGCUGGUUCAGAGGACGGAGGGACACAUCACGUUCUUUAGCCCAAAAGAGUUGAUGCUGAUGAAGGAGCGAGAAGGGAGAAAGGACAUGGAGCCUCGAUCAGAGGAUGGCCAGUUUGAAGAAGUCACCGUCCAACAGGUUCCUCAGACAGAACGUGGUGGAAAUCCUGAGAAGACCGUGGAGAUUUCUGUCCGUCUUUCACCAAAACAGCUGGAUCACGUGACUCCAGUGCUCGAAGAGAUCAUCCAUGAAAUAACCCAGGAGCGUCAGAAAGCAAAGUAACAAGGCUGAUAGCAUGAGGGAAUGAACGCUGUAUAAAUUCUUCGAAAAGCACAGAAUGAUUGUGUCUUACUGAAUUAAUCAAUAAAGGGAAGUGAUUGUGUCACUCAUUCUAGUUUGCGCUGUAAUUUCUGUGAAAGCAUGUUGGCUUGUUGGCCACAGGGUGUCAGCCUCUUUCCCAGGAGAAACUGAUUCCUCUCAGACCUCAAGGAAAUUCAUAACCCUUUAUAGCAUGAUGGUUACACAGAUGUAAUGCAUAUUCUGAAAAAUCAUUCAAGCUAUUUAGGAAUGAUCCCAAGGGACACAGAC